AUGUCGGAGGCGGCGGAGGCGGCGGCGGCGGCGGCGGCAGUGUCGGGUCCGUCCGGGAGGCCGGAGGACACCCCGGAGGAGGAGGAGGGGGAGGAGGAGGGGGAGCGGGGGGACACCCCGCCCCGGGCACAGCUGCUCGACGCCGUGGUGGAGACCUUCCUGCAGCGCCUGGUGGCCGCCGGAAGCUUCCGGAGAUUUGCCAGCUGCUACCGACGUUUCCACCAGCUGCAGCCCGAGGUGACGCGGAGGAUCUACGACCAGUUCGUGGCCCAGCUGCAGGCUGCCAUCCGGGAUGAGAUCUCGGAGAUCAAGGCGGAGGGGAACCUGGGGCCGGUCCUGGAUGCCCUGGACGCCAUAGUGGAGGAGGCCCGGGGCCAGACCGAACCUGCCUGGCGGCCGAGCGGGGACCCCGAGGCCGACACGGGCAGCAUCCUGGUGCCCUGCGCCCAGCAGCGGCGGGCGGCCCUGCUGCGGGCCCUCCGCGGCCAGCGGGACGAGAACCGGCGACUGGCGCAGGCCGUGCUGGCCGGGCGCGAGCGCAUCCGCGCCCUGCAGGAGCGCAUUCAGGCGCGCAGGGACGCCUGGCAGGCGCUGAGCCAGGACCAGAGGGAACUGCUGACCAGCCUGGGGGGCCCCAAGUGAGCGGCCUUGGCCCCGGUGCCCACCGCCCGUCGACGGGUGGCCCUUCCCCAUCCCCCCUAAGAUGUCUUUCCGGUCCCUGCCCUGCGGCCCUGGACCUCGGGAAUAAAUCUC